CUAACCGAUAAUGAAAGAGGACAAAUAAAUAAUGAUUCCUGUACUGUGAAUACUAUAAUUUUGAAAGGUAAUUCUAAAGAACAGGCUGGACAUAUAAAUCAGUUUCUUCGUGGAUCGUCAGAGAAAAAUCAGCUUGAAUUAGAACGUAUUAGGGCUGAAAGAUCUAUAAUAACCGAUAUGGAUACAAGGGCAUAUG